AUGCAUAUUUUAAUGAUCCUGAACACCCUUUUUUCAAGUUUUUCCAACCAAAAACUCCAAGUUGUGCCUUCCUUUGCUCAUUCUUCAGAAAUUCACGAUCAGUUAUCAGAAGCGUGUACAAAUCAAACUGAUAAGCCAAAAAUGCCAAAAUCGAAGCCGGGAACCGUCGGAAAUGACAUGGCGGGAGCACUUGCUGGCCGUCACGACGAUGAACCUCCAAUCUCUUCAAACUAUCAGGGACGCCCUGGGAAUGCCGAUCCCAAUUAUGCAUAUCAACCGCGUGCGGAUAACUAACAGACUGUCUCCGAUUGGACCAAAGACCAUAUGAAGGCCGCCAGAGAGAAGGCCGCGGAGAAGAGAAAUAAUUGAAUUUGAAGAAUUGUUAAUAAAUGUUGAGCAUUGAAA